ACAAAGACCACACGAAGUAAAAGAGAAAGCAAAGCCGAAAACAAACCAGGCACCGUUUGUUGGUUUAAAUCGAGAUCUAUGUUAUGUUAAAAAAAAAACAUAACAGAUUCUAACAAUAAUUCAUAUAUGUAAUAACCAACUCAUCUUCUCUACGUUGGCUGCUCUAGCGCCCCCUUUAUGACAACUGUAUACCGGACAUUCUGUCCACAUCAGGAAGAGGAGAGGCACAUUGAGAGACCGAGAGAGGAGCAGUAAUCUGUUACAUGUGAAGGAAUGGUGUAUGUUGAGCUAAAAACACCUCUGCGACUUGAAGUAUUCGGUCAUAUGUUGACACUGAUGCUACUGCGCUGGAGCAACUAGGAGUUUUAUGAAAUGCGUUGAAUGGAUGUGGAAUUGUUAGCUGCUACUGCAAAGCUGUCAACAGCGAUAUUUAUGCAUUGCACAAUAACUGAUGGGUUCAAGAUAGAGACGGCAACAUGCGGAGCCGCAGUAACUCAGGUGUGAAGCUCGAUGGAUUCGCCAGGCUCGUUCAUGAGACUAUUCUAUGUCACCAGAACCCAGUAACAGGCCUGUUGCCCUGCAGUGUCCAGCUGCCAGAUGCCUGGGUGCGUGACAAUGUCUACAGCAUCCUGGCGGUGUGGGGUCUGGGGAUGGCCUACAGGAAGAACGCUGACCGGGAUGAGGACAAGGCCAAGGCCUACGAACUGGAGCAGAGUGUUGUCAAGCUGAUGCAAGGGCUGCUCCAGUGUAUGAUGCGACAGGUGGCCAAGGUGGAGAAGUUUAAACACACUCAGAGCCCCAAGGACUGUCUGCACGCCAAGUACCACACCCCCACCUGUGCUACCGUGGUGGGGGACGAUCAGUGGGGACACCUGCAGGUUGAUGCCACCUCUCUGUACCUGCUGGUUUUGGCUCAGAUGACUGCCUCAGGUCUUCGUAUCAUAUCAACCCUGCAUGAAGUGGCUUUUAUCCAGAACCUGGUCUUCUACAUUGAGGCUGCUUAUAAAGUUGCGGAUUAUGGAAUGUGGGAGCGAGGGGACAAGACCAAUCAGGGGAUCCCAGAACUGAACGCCAGCUCUGUGGGGAUGGCCAAGGCUGCAUUGGAGGCCAUUGAUGAGCUAGACCUCUUUGGGGCUCAUGGAGGACCCAAAUCUGUCAUUCACGUUUUGCCGGACGAGGUGGAGCACUGCCAGGCUAUCCUGUGCUCCAUGCUGCCACGAGCCUCCACCUCUAAAGAGAUCGAUGCUGGUCUCCUGUCAAUCAUCUCCUUCCCUGCCUUCGCUGUGGAGGAUGCAGACCUGGUCACCAUCACUAAGACUGAGAUCAUAUCCAGGCUACAGGGACGCUAUGGCUGCUGCCGUUUCAUCAGAGAUGGAUACAGAUGCCCAAGAGAGGACCCGUCCCGUCUCCACUACGACCCGGCUGAACUCAAACUGUUUGAGAAUAUAGAAUGUGAAUGGCCAGUGUUCUGGACCUACCUCAUUCUGGACGGCAUCUUCAGCGGAGACCUAGUACAGGUGCAGGAGUACAGAGAUGCUCUGGAAGAAGUCCUGAUCAGAGGGAAGCCCGGGAUCCGCCUGAUGCCUGAGCUCUACGCUGUCCCACCUGAAAAGAUGGAGGAAGAGUACGGGAACCCUCACUCCGUGGACAGAGUGGCUAUGGGUCAGUUACCUCACAUGUGGGGACAGUCCCUCUACAUCGUUGGUUCUCUGCUGGCCGAGGGAUUCCUCGCCCCUGGAGAGAUCGACCCUCUCAACAGGCGAUUCUCCACCAAUUUCAAGCCGGACGUAGUUGUACAAGUGUGUGUGUUAGCGGAGUCGAAGGAGAUCCAGGAGCUGCUGAAGAACGAUGAAAUAGAGGUCCAGACCAUCGCUGAGGUCCAGCCCAUCAGGGUCAUGCCUGCUCGCAUCCUCAGCCACGUCUAUGUCAAACUGGGAAACUGCAAGAAGUUGAAUCUGAGCGGGAGGCCAUACAGGCACAUUGGAGUUCUGGGAACCUCGAAAUUCUACGAGAUCCGGAACCGUACCUACACAUUCACCCCUCAGUUCCUGGACAAGCAUCACUUCUACCUGGCUCUGGACAACCAGAUGAUAGUGGAGAUGCUAAGGACGGAGCUGUCCUAUCUCUCCUCCUCCUGGAGGAUGACCGGACGUCCUACCCUGACCUUCCCCAUCACACACAGCAUGCUGGUGGAUGAUGGUGAGAGCAUCGACCCGUGUAUUCUGUCCACUCUGAGGAAGCUGCACGAUGGAUACUUCGGAGGGGCAAGGGUUCAGAUGGCAAACAUCUCCAGCUUCCAGACUACCUCGUUCCACACAGAGCUCAGCUUCCUCGACGGAGACACCGAUGACGACCUGCUGGACAAUGAAGAAGAUGAGGAAGACGAAGAAGAAAGUUAUGUCCCCUCAGGCAGCUCCAAGGACAUGUUUGACCACUACCUCAGCCAGCUGAUGCAGAGCACAGCCACCAAGUGUCAUCUCCCUCCCAUCCAGAGGGGGCAGCACCACGUGUUUAGUGCUGAACACACCACCAGAGACAUCCUCUCCUUCAUGGCCCAGGUCCAAGGCCUCAACAUGCCCAAGGCCUCCAUGUAUCUUCCCAUGACUCCCAUCAUGAACAAGCACCGUAAAUCCCUCAACCUACUGCACGUGUCCCAGCUCACACCGCUCCAUCCACACCACCACCACACGCCACAACAACAGCCCAAGGUCAGUUCAUCUACGCCAACAACCCACCACACGCCACAACAACAGCCCAAGGUCAGUUCAUCUACGCCAACAACCCACCACACGCCACAACAACAGCCCAAGGUCAGUUCAUCUACGCCAACAACCCACCACACACCACAUCAACAACAGCCCAAGGUCAGUUCAUCUACCCCAACAACCCACCACACGCCACAACAACAGCCCAAGGUCAGUUCAUCUACGCCAACAACCCACCACACGCCACAACAACAGCCCAAGGUCAGUUCAUCUACGCCAACAACCCACCACACGCCACAACAACAGCCCAAGGUCAGUUCAUCUACGCCAACAACCCACCACACGCCACAACAACAGCCCAAGGUCAGUUCAUCUACGCCAACAACCCACCACACGCCACAUCAACAACAGCCCAAGGUCAGUUCAUCUACCCCAACAACCCACCACACACCACAUCAACAACAGCCCAAGGUCAGUUCAUCUACGCCAACAACCCACCACACGCCACAUCAACAACAGCCCAAGGUCAGUUCAUCUACCCCAACAACCCACCACACGCCACAUCAACAACAGCCCAAGGUCAGUUCAUCUACGCCAACAACCCACCACACGCCACAUCAACAACAGCCCAAGGUCAGUUCAUCUACGCCAACAACCCACCACACGCCACAUCAACAACAGCCCAAGGUCAGUUCAUCUACGACAACAACCCACCACACACCACAUCAACAACAGCCCAAGGUCAGUUCAUCUACCCCAACAACCCACCACACGCCACAUCAACAACAGCCCAAGGUCAGUUCAUCUACCCCAACAACCCACAUCAACAACAGCCCAAGGUCAGUUCAUCUACCCCAACAACCCACCACACACCACAUCAACAACAGCCCAAGGUCAGUUCAUCUACGACAACAACCCACCACACACCACAUCAACAACAGCCCAAGGUCAGUUCAUCUACCCCAACAACCCACCACACGCCACAUCAACAACAGCCCAAGGUCAGUUCAUCUACCCCAACAACCCACAUCAACAACAGCCCAAGGUCAGUUCAUCUACCCCAACAACCCACCACACACCACAUCAACAACAGCCCAAGGUCAGUUCAUCUACGCCAACAACCCACCACACACCACAUCAACAACAGCCCAAGGUCAGUUCAUCUACGCCAACAACCCACCACACACCACAUCAACAACAGCCCAAGGUCAGUUCAUCUACCCCAACAAUCCACAUCAACAACAGCCCAAGGUCAGUUCAUCUACCCCAACAACCCACCACACACCACAUCAACAACAGCCCAAGGUCAGUUCAUCUACGCCAACAACCCACCACACACCACAUCAACAACAGCCCAAGGUCAGUUCAUCUACGCCAACAACCCACCACACACCACAUCAACAACAGCCCAAGGUCAGUUCAUCUACGCCAACAACCCACCACACGCCACAUCAACAACAGCCCAAGGUCAGUUCAUCUACGCCAACAACCCACCACACACCACAUCAACAACAGCCCAAGGUCAGUUCAUCUACCCCAACAACCCACCACACACCACAUCAACAACAGCCCAAGGUCAGUUCAUCUACCCCAACAACCCACCACACACCACAUCAACAACAGCCCAAGGUCAGUUCAUCUACCCCAACAACCCACCACACACCACAUCAACAACAGCCCAAGGUCAGUUCAUCUACGCCAACAACCCACCACAAACCACAUCAACAACAGCCCAAGGUCAGUUCAUCUACCCCAACAACCCACCACACGCCACAUCAACAACAGCCCAAGGUCAGUUCAUCUACCCCAACAACCCACCACACACCACAUCAACAACAGCCCAAGGUCAGUUCAUCUACCCCAACAACCCACCACACACCACAUCAACAACAGCCCAAGGUCAGUUCAUCUACCCCAACAACCCACCACACACCACAUCAACAACAGCCAAAGGUCAGUUCAUCUACCCCAACAACCCACCACAACAACAGCCCAAGGUCAGUUCGUCUACCCCAACAACCCACCACACACCACAUCAACAACAGCCCAAGGUCAGUUCGUCUACCCCAACAACCCACCACACACCACAUCAACAACAGCCCAAGGUCAGUUCAUCUACGCCAACAACCCACCACACACCACAUCAACAACAGCCCAAGGUCAGUUCAUCUACGCCAACAACCCACCACACACCACAUCAACAACAGCCCAAGGUCAGUUCAUCUACGACAACAACCCACCACACACCACAUCAACAACAGCCCAAGGUCAGUUCAUCUACCCCAACAACCCACCACACGCCACAACAACAACAGCCCAAGGUCAGUUCAUCUACGCCAACAACCCACCACACGCCACAACAACAGCCCAAGGUCAGUUCAUCUACGCCAACAACCCACCACACACCACAUCAACAACAGCCCAAGGUCAGUUCAUCUACCCCAACAACCCACCACACACCACAUCAACAACAGCCCAAGGUCAGUUCAUCUACCCCAACAACCCACCACACGCCACAACAACAGCCCAAGGUCAGUUCAUCUACCCCAACAACCCACCACACGCCACAACAACAGCCCAAGGUCAGUUCAUCUACCCCAACAACCCACCACACACCACAUCAACAACAGACUCCAGUACUGUUUCUCUGGUACAUCUGUGUGUUUGGAUCCUCUAAUGUGUGUGUGUGUGUGUGCAUGCGCACAUGUGUGUAUUUGUGUGUGUCUGUGUAUCUUUGCUCAGGCCCAAAGUAUUGCAGACCUCCACCUGCCGCGAGACUCCCAGGGUAACACAGACUUUGGGUCUCUGGUGAGACAGUUGAAGGAGUGUCCCACACUGCAGGACCAGGCAGACAUACUAUAUAUCCUCUGUGUGAUGAAAGGUGCUGAUUGGCUGGUGGACGUGGGGGGUCAGGGCGGGGUCAGUGUGAGGUGUCUCCUGGAGGAGCUGUAUGCCCAGGCUGGGGCCAACAAGGAGUGGGGUCUGAUCAGAUACAUCUCUGGUAUCCUGAGGAAGAGAGUGGAGGUGCUGGCUGAGGCCUGUACAGAUCUCAUCUCCCACCACAAGCAGCUGACAGUGGGGUUACCACCGGAGCCCAGGGAGAAAGUCAUCUCGGCGCCUCUUCCUCCAGAAGAACUCAACUCUCUGAUCUAUGAGGCCAGUGGGCAGGACAUCAGCAUCGCUGUGCUCACUCAGGAGAUCAUGGUGUACCUGGCCAUGUACGUCCGCUCCCAGCCGGCUCUGUUUGGGGACAUGCUGCGUCUCCGAAUCGGACUCAUCAUGCAGGUGAUGGCUACAGAGCUGGCCCGCAGUCUACACUGCUCAGGGGAGGAGGCCUCUGAGAGCCUGAUGAACUUGAGUCCAUCAGACAUGAAGAACCUGCUGCACCACAUCCUCAGUGGGAAGGAGUUUGGGGUGGAGAGGAGCAUGCGUCCUAUGCAGUCCUCGGCCACCAGCCCGGCUGUCUCCAUCCAUGAGCUGGGUCACACUGGGGCCACUAAGACGGAGCGCACCGGCAUCCGCAAGCUGAAGCGUGAGAUCAAACAGUUGGAUGACUCGUCUCGUCCGAUCAGCAUGAGUAACAGUGGCUAUUCCAUCAGCAGCAACGUCACCUCUCCCCGUUCCACGCGGUGCAGCAGCCCCUCCACCCCCAGUGGUAUCCUGUCCCCUGUAGGCCCCGGGGGGUCAGACAGCCACCUGCAGUGGGAGGAGCGGCAGGGCCAGUGGCUGAGGAGGAGACGGCUGGAUGGGGCCAUCAACAGGGUCCCAAUGGGCUUCUACCAGAAGGUGUGGAAGAUCCUGCAGAAGUGUCACGGCCUGUCAAUAGAUGGAUACGUGCUGCCUUCCUCCACUACCAGAGAGGUAUGUAGUGUCAGUCUGUCUAUAGAUGGAUAUGUGCUGUCUUCCUCCACUACCAGAGAGGUAUGUAGUGUCAGUCUGUCUAUAGAUGGAUACGUGCUGUCUUCCUCCACUACCAGAGAGGUAUGUAGUGUCAGUCUGUCUAUAGAUGGAUACGUGCUGCCUUCCUCCACUACCAGAGAGGUAUGUAGUGUCAGUCUGUCUAUAGAUGGAUAUGUGCUGUCUUCCUCCACUACCAGAGAGGUAUGUAGUGUCAGUCUGUCUAUAGAUGGAUAUGUGCUGUCUUCCUCCACUACCAGAGAGGUAUGUAGUGUCAGUCUGUCUAUAGAUGGAUACGUGCUGUCUUCCUCUACUACCAGAGAGGUAUGUAGUGUCAGUCUGUCUAUAGAUGGAUACGUGCUGUCUUCCUCCACUACCAGAGAGGUAUGUAGUGUCAGUCUGUCUAUAGAUGGAUACGUGCUGCCUUCCUCCACUACCAGAGAGGUAUGUAGUGUCAGUCUGUCUAUAGAUGGAUACGUGCUGCCUUCCUCCACUACCAGAGAGGUAUGUAGUGUCAGUCUGUCUAUAGAUGGAUAUGUGCUGUCUUCCUCCACUACCAGAGAGGUAUGUAGUGUCAGUCUGUCUAUAGAUGGAUACGUGCUGCCUUCCUCCACUACCAGAGAGGUAUGUAGUGUCAGUCUGUCUAUAGAUGGAUACGUGCUGCCUUCCUCCACUACCAGAGAGGUAUGUAGUGUCAGUCUGUCUAUAGAUGGAUACGUGCUGCCUUCCUCCACUACCAGAGAGGUAUGUAGUGUCAGUCUGUCUAUAGAUGGAUACGUGCUGCCUUCCUCCACUACCAGAGAGGUAUGUAGUGUCAGUCUGUCUAUAGAUGGAUAUGUGCUGUCUUCCUCCACUACCAGAGAGGUAUGUAGUGUCAGUCUGUCUAUAGAUGGAUAUGUGCUGUCUUCCUCCACUACCAGAGAGGUAUGUAGUGUCAGUCUGUCUAUAGAUGGAUAUGUGCUGUCUUCCUCCACUACCAGAGAGGUAUGUAGUGUCAGUCUGUCUAUAGAUGGAUACGUGCUGUCUUCCUCCACUACCAGAGAGGUAUGUAGUGUCAGUCUGUCUAUAGAUGGAUACGUGCUGCCUUCCUCCACUACCAGAGAGGUAUGUAGUGUCAGUCUGUCUAUAGAUGGAUAUGUGCUGUCUUCCUCCACUACCAGAGAGGUAUGUAGUGUCAGUCUGUCUAUAGAUGGAUAUGUGCUGUCUUCCUCCACUACCAGAGAGAUGACAGAAGGCGAGAUCAAGUUUGCGGUGCACGUGGAGUCUGUUCUGAACCACGUCCCCCAGCCAGAGUACCGACAGCUGCUGGUGGAGGCUGUGAUGGUGCUGACGCUGGUGGCUGACAUGGAUGUGGACGACAUCGGAGGAAUCAUCCUGAUCGACCGCAUCGUACACAUGGCCAAUGACCUCUUCUUACAGGACCAGAGGACCCAUGGAGCCAACGAGUACUUCCUGGAGAAGGAUCCAGCCACAGGGAUAUGUCACUUCUUCUAUGACAGCGCCCCUAGUGGCAGCUACGGUACCAUGACCUACCUCUCCAAGGCUGUGGUCACAUACCUACAAGACUUCCUGCCGCAGUCUACCUGUCUCAUGCAAUGAGGUCUCAGACUGGGUUUGAUGUAGAGCACUCUCUCCCUGGCCUCGCAGGCAGCUAUCAAGAGAGUCUAGUCAAGUAAUAUAUUAUAGUGUGGAACGAAAUACUACUGCCUCGUUCCAAUUCUCCCCAAGUGUACACUCGUUCACUCCCAUUCAAGGAUGAUUUAAAAUCAUUGGAUUGAAUUCUUGAAGUGAAUGAGUGCACACUUCAGAGAGAAGGGGGUGAACUAGUCUGAGGUAGGAAGUUGGAUGGGGUUUGACCUAUGACCUAUGACUAAGAUAUUCACAACACACACUCUACUCAAAGGAGUUUUAUUGCAGCUAAUUGAUUGAUUAUAAUCAAUAAUAUAGCAGGUUUAAAAUUAAAUAUAUAAUUAAUUAUAAUUAAAUAUAUGUUUGUUUUUUAUUUUGAGUGUUGGAUGACACACACACACACAGUAUUUCGUUCUAAAAUUAUUUAUAAUUUUAACAUGUAAUAUAUAUGUGUAAAUCAGACGGAGUUGUUUAAAACAAUCUAAUAUGAUAUAAUGAGUGUAUUUGACCUAACCCUCCUCUAUUGUAUCAGUCUCACCCUGUGUUGUGGAGUUAUAAACCUCCUAUCCAGAAGUUACUAUGUUAUCCCUUGUUGAAGUACUGCAGCUGACAUCCCACUUUACAACGACAUUUACCUCUCAUGUUAUCUGAGGUGUGGCUCAUCAUCACCACUGUAUGUGUCACAAAUACUGUGCAUUUAUCCAUAUGUACCCGGAGCAUGUCAGCAAUGCCUUCAUAGCUGCUAAUGUGUAUGUGAAUGUUUAUCUAAAUAAUGACAAUGUGAUUAUAUAUAUAACAUGGUUGAAUCAGUUCAACAGUGGUUCAUGCCAUAUUUCAGCCUUUUCCCCGUAGUCGUUCAGUACAACACUGUGUGUUAGACAUUAGCAUCCCAGCAGGCUUACAGUUGAGACCAUAAGGGAAGGGAGAAUCUGUUCUGCAGUUAAGGACGACUGAGGCUGAAACAGUUCUGUUUUUGUGUCUAACUUUAUUUUAUAUAUUUAAAAAGAGACUAUAAAUAUAGUGGAUACAUAGAAAUAAUGUAUUUUUAACAAAAUACUAUGACUGUUUAUAUAACAGACUAAAGUACAAUUAAUACUGUCACUUUUAAUCAAAAAAUUACAUUUGAUAUUCCUAUAGACAUGGCCAUGUUAUAAGUCUGCAGUUGAGGACAUUUUGAAGGGGAUCAAUUCCACUAAUCUAUUAUCACAGUGUCUGCCACCAUGUUUUCAUGAUGUUUUUACUCAUUCAUUCACACUACCUUGUAAAACAACAUGUAAUCACUUGAGGGAAAUAUAUUUAAAUGCCAUCAAUUAAAUCCCUAAACUAAUAA